CAGUUUCGAAACUCUCAUCUUCGCAUUUAUUCAACUAUCUGAUUAAAAUGGAUCAAAAAACGAGUUUUGAAACAGUGAAGCCUCUAGAAUAUCCUAUCUAUGCCAAACUUGAUGAUAUCAGCAGGUGUGUUCAUUAUGAUGACUUUAAAGUUGCCGUUCAAAGGCAACUGCUCGUACCUCAAGGUCUUAAUAACAGCAGGACAGUGCUGCCCCAAAAGGUGCUGUGGUUCGCUCCAUCGCAGUCGAGCUCGGAGCACAAUUUCUACGGCAACGUCAGCUUCACCAUCAAGUGGAAGACCGUGCUACAGAAACUCGGUCCGAACCUCUACCUCAUCGACCAGGCCAUUUAUAACACCAGAAGUUUCACUAGAGUCGUGUUGACUAAAAAUAAUUAUGACGGAAUUUUACCCAGGUUGAAUUUAGAUUCAUCUGGCUCACCCAUGAUAACUUCAUUGCUUGGUUUCUACCACGCUUCUCAAUGCAUGAACAGAGCUGGGGCCGUAGGCCCUCAUGAGCUGCAGAUAGCGAUCGAAGUGGACGAUGCCGAUGCGAGGUGGCUCUACAGGGAAUGUUGUGUGGCUGCAAAUAAUCAUUCUGAGGCUAAUGCUCCUAAUUUUGGAGACUAUACAAGAAGAAAUGGAGAAGAAUCAAAAUUUAAAUCAUUCAAAUGCUUCAAGUUUAAUACUGCACGCAAUUGUGUAUGUUUUUAUAAGUGGACGCUUGAAGAGUGCGAGGAACACAUGAAGGCGGUACUGGGGGCGGCUAAACCAUCAACUAGCAGUGGACAUCGUGCAACUACACGAGAGUCGUGUAGCCUGUAUGACAUGGAUCUACACACAGCUACAUUGCCAUCAACUAGCCGUGCCAAUAUGGGGCAACGUACAUCUACACGAUCAGAGAGCAAUGGUGGUGCGAUCGCAGUGGCAGCAGUUGCAGCAGUGGCAGCAGCUGCAACUGUGUUUUUUGCAUGGAGGAAGGCAUCCAGAGAUUCAAAAUAAACGUUUAUAUAUCAACCAGCAGUUACAGAAUGGGAUUUUUCUCUGCAAGUUGCUAUUUUUAUAACAUUUUUUGGUCUAGUAACAAUUGGCAAUUUUUAUUCUUUCACUUUUUGUUCAUGGCGCAUUGUCAGGAAAAUACCUCUGUGAUCGCUGAGCUUCCGUCACUUUAACAGGGAAUUGUUCUGGCAUUUCUCAAAGGCUUAAGGUUUAGUAGCUAUUAAUGAUUUAAUGGACUCUUUCAAAAUUCGUAGGUAUAUUUAGUAAACAACUUCAUCUUAAUUAAUUGUGAAUCCAAUUUAAACAAUGGUAUUGAUUCUUUUCCGGUAGUACAACUGUCAGCGAAUACUUCAAAAAAAUUUCCCAACGUCUUAGCUGCAAUGUAGGUAUUUUUUACGCAAAAAUUUUCCAACUUAAAUUUUAUUUAUCUCUAUUAUACUAUGAACGUAAUUUGACUCCAAAAUGACAUUAAACUCCAGAUUGAGCGAUAAUGUUAGCAGAGAAUAAGAUCAUUUAUUUAAUAGUUUCCCAAGCUUAAAUUAUUGUUCGCUAAAUUCUCGAUAGUGAGAAAUGACUAUGAAAGCCAAAUCUUUUCGAAAUUAUUUCAACGAGACAGUCAUUUGCAAUGGAUAGUUGAAUUUUACCUGCAAGGCGGGUAGGCUUGACCUGACGUCAUGUGACAUUAUCACAUUAUCAUCAGCAUUAUUUUCAGAGCUACCGGUUUUGUUUCUGAGCGUAUGGAAAACUAUCGCACGAGGCACCAUCACCGUGCCUAAAACGCCAUCGAUAUCAUGCUCUAUAAAAUUGCCUCCUCCUGAAAUGGAUUGCAUUGCAGUCUCCCUCGUGAAUUAUUUUGAGCUGCCAAUGAAGAAAGAAGAUUUAUAAUUCAUCACUCAUCAAUGUUUUUUAUUUCUAUUUGAGAAUGCUUUAGCACAUUUAUGAAAAUUUUUUUGAGUUAUAAAAUUACCUACUGUUCGUCGGUGUAUCUUUCAUCGAGAAAUAUUUUUGCCUAUUUUUAUUUAAAUCAUAGCAUUAGUAUCUUGAUAAAAAUGAGGUAUUUGUUUUGUUUCUUCAACCAUAGUUAUGUUUUCUUUAGGCUGGUAAAUAGAGGAUUUAUAGGGGCUGGCAAACAAAUGUAUUUGUGUUUUGGGCCCAAUUCGGGCGCAUCUACAUUUAAAAUGAAGUCAAAGUUGGAAGCCAACUGAAAUAUUAAAUUAAUGCAACUCCCUGAGACGGGAGAUAAGUAAAUGAAAGCCUCUAUGGGUUUGUUUUGAUUCGUUAUAUAUUAUAAUUGUAAGGCAAAAAUUGUUUUCAUGUUUGAGUUCUUAAAUGUGCCACUGUUAAGAAUCUAUAAAGUGUUUGAAAAAAAAAUAAACUCUACGUAUCUUCAUGAUAAGUGCAUGUGGGAAUCCAAUGUCCUCGAUAGCAUUUCGGUUUUGUUAUAUGUGGAUUACUUUUAAAGUAGCAACCUAAACUUUAAACUGACAUCUCUUUUAUUCAGUUAGACAAAGUUAUAAAUGUCCAUUUAGAACUUAGAAUUUAGAAUUUUAGAACUUAGAAUUUAAAUAAAACCAAAUUAAAGAUAUAUUUCUUUAAAUAUUUAGCGACACAUGAUCAAAUUCUGCACUCGUCAUGAGCAUGCACUUCCCCGAAUAAUAAAGUGAACAUAUAAACUACAAAAUAUACUGUACGACAAGAUUGUUGUACAGUAUUAAACACAAAUUAUACUGCAACGCAAAUUAUACUAUACAACAAACUUGUUGCACAGUAUAAUUUGCUUCUUCACAUCUUCAGGAAAUUUUUGGAAAACCACUCAUUUACACUGGUACCGCAUUCCUGCCACCACCAUCUCCCGGUGAAAGCGUUCAGCAAAUCCGUCAAACUGAGGUUGUCAAAAUAAGUGUGCUCUAUGAGUUCCUAUGUCUGUCACCUAAGAGAACACCAGACUUAAUUAACUUCUUCAUUCUUCAUUAAUACACUAAAUGUAUAUAUAUUAUAGUAUAUUGGUUGGUAUAUUGAUUGUGUUCUCUUUUUUAUGAUGGCAUGAUCUAUAGGGGGGCAACGCAAAAAUAAAAAUUGGUAUCAUGAUCAGUUCCUUCCCUCCAAAUCAUGGGUACCGCAAAUGGUAGGGCUCGUUUUACUGUCACGUAACCGGCCAGAAAGCCCUGCAUAUCAAGUACAGCAAAUAUGAGGAGCUCAAGGUUGUUCUUUGAUCCCUCAGCUUACAAUCACUGUAAAAAUGGUAAGCUUCUUUAUCACUGGUGUAAUAGUACGUUUCCGUGAAACCAAUAUAUAUCUUGCACAGAAACAAAAGUAUUAUGCUUUCAUACUUUCACAGAAAAUAUACCUAACCUCUAGCAAUAACUUGAAAAAUAGACUUAAACGAACUUUUCCAAUGUCAGAUUCAUAUUCAGCACCCCUCAAAUUGGUUUAUUUCAGCUACUUUUGUCUCUGUCACAAUUUAUUUGUUGACCAGUGUUAUUGGAGCUACUCCAAAUUCACUUUCAGUAGUGAAGAGUCUCAGCAUCGACCAAGACUCUUACAUAACCUUGAAGCCCGCAAUUCGUCUUGCAAAUGGCUGUAUUUAACAACUAAUUCUUCGCAGCUAAUAUCCCAGAAUUGACAUCACUUACAUGAUGUUAUGUUUAAAGGCAAGUGAAAUUAGCAGAGUGGCAAAUAUUAUUGCUGUGCUCCUUCAAUACUCUUUUUAAUUCAUUUGUCCAACCAUGUUGUGUAGAUUGGAAGACGGAGACGGUUGUGUAGACGGAGUCCGGCACUCGUUGUAGACGGUCUUGAGAGUGAUGGUCCAGCUGUCCGGCUGGUGCUGUGGUUCUCUCCCAUGCAACCAAGAUCAGAGCAUAACUACUUCGGCAACGUGAGCUUCAUCAUCAAGUGGGAAAGCGUGCUAAAGAAUUUUGGUCCAAAUCUCUACCUUCUGGACCAGGCCAUUUUCAAUAGGCGAUCUUUCACCCGAGUUGUGCUCACAAGAGAUAAGUAUGAUGAAUUAACGGAAGUUGAUUUGCAUUCAGAGGGCUCACCCUUGCUAAAAUCCGAGUCUGGUUACAGCCACGCUACAGAAUGCAUGAACAGAGUUAACCAGGGUCCUCACGAGCUGCAGAUCGCGAUCGAAGUGGACGAAGAUGAUAUGAAACCUUUUUUCUAUGAUUUUAAAAUUUGCUCUAACAAUCAUUCUGAGGCAAAUUCUAUUUAUAAGGGACCGGACGCUGAUGAGGCAUACUCAACUUUUGAAUCCUUCAAAUGCUACAAAUAUAAUACGAAGUUGAAGAAAAAAUGUCCCUACCAAUAUACUCUUGAUGUGUGUCAAGAGGCAUUGGAACAUAAUGUUUAAACAAGCCUCGCCCAUGGUGUUCUAAAAAUUAUACGCCUGUGAGUACAUGAUGUAUUUACCAUGAACCCAGAUAUCCGGUUUCAGAUGACCUGUAAACAGGAACUAACGAAACCAUUCCGAUUUUACUCCUGUCCAGAAUACUAGGCUUGAAAAUUGUCAUUUAUUUCCUAAUGUAAAUUACUGUCUCUGCUGAAAAUUAAUAUUCGAAUGUAAUUAAUGAAGUCGCCGUCACACCAAGCCGAUUGUUUGUUCUACAAAUAUCGGUUUGCCUAAUUAAGUUACAGAUUGGUUUGUUCUAGACGGGAGCUGCAGCAAAAAAUAACCGUUAUAAGUAUCAUUUGCUUGCAGGAAUUCAUAUAAAUAGUAUGAAUGAAAUUUUGCUGACAAUUUGAAGUAUAAUAGACUUUUGUCUAACUGGUUCAGCUUGACAAAUGGUGUGAAGUCUUAAUAAUUUUUGUUGAAAGUCCACCAAGUUGAGAUGUUAUAAGUUAAGGUUACUUGAACUCAUUAAUGUUUUGUGAGGCUCUUAAUUCUUCUCAUUUCAUCACACUAGCUCUUCAAAAGUUUCAAAUUUACUACCUAUACUAGUUUCUCUGUUCAUCACGUUUCUAGUUUUACACACUAGUUUUUCAAUCAGUUUUAAGCCUUGUAAUCAUGUAUCUUUCUCUAUCACAGUAGUUAUUCAAUAUGUUCUAAGUUCAUUACUCACAUUCCUCAGUAUAUUAGUAUAGUGCAUCAUGUUUUAAGCUUUUUACUCAUAUUUCUUUGGUAAUCACUCAAGUUCAAUAUAUUUAAGGCUUGUUACAUUUCCUUGUUUACCAAGUUAUUUCUUAAACGUACUUCAUGCUUAUUGCACAUGUUACUCAGUUUUCCCCUCUAGCUUAUCAUUUUUGAAGAUUGUUUCAAUGCUCUUCUGUUUAAUCCUCUAAUUCAAUAUCUUUUAGGCUUAUCAUUCGUAUUCAACAUUUUUUACGAUUGCCACGCAUUUUUUCUGUUCAUCCCUCUAGUAAAACAGCAUCAAGAAUUUAAAAGUAGAGAAAUCAAAAACAAAUUCAUCAUAUCUUCAUGGGAUUCAUGCGUGUGGUAGCAGUGCGCGCACUAUGACGUUUGGCAUUGUUCUACUAAGUGCUUCCGUCGGUUUUUGUGCACCUCCGGGACCGGGAUGCAUGUCUGUACAUGUACUGCAAGUCGUGUUUACACGGCGAUCCUGCGAGCGGCUCAUUAUAUCAGUCGUGGUCCGAGUAAGUCCGUCCUAACGGUAUACUUGGAAAACCGUCGUAAUUCCCGAGCUAAUACAUGCAACUCAUAUCCCGAAGUGCUUGCAGAAGCAUCGAAUGAAGCCUCUAUCCGAUACAUGCCCAACGGCGUGGUGCUCUUUGAGCAAGCGCACUGCUGUCGCACGCACAAAUUCAAUGAAUUAUACAUAGUGAAUUUGCAUGGCGCUUUCCAUGAUCUUAAAUUCAUGGUGAACUUGCGAUUUAGGCAGAGUAAUGAUAAAAUACAUCAUAUUUGAGGCUUGUGGCUUAUUACACACGAUUCCCUGUUUAUCACACUACUUCUUAAAUGAGUUCUAAGAUUAUUUCAAGGAAGGUAUCAUUUAAAAUUACUGAAUUUUAUUCAUUGAAUAUAAUCGUUCAGAAAAAUGUUUUUCCCGAUCAUACGUGCUUAUCUCGCAUUUCAUGGGAAUCGAUUUGCAUUGUGUAAGAAAAAUAUCUUAUGUUCGAUUGAUAAACAACUGUUAUUAA